GCGGACGUUCGUCAAGAUAGAAAAAAAAAAUCAAAAAAAAAAAAUCGUGCGAUCCUCGCGUGACGUACGUGGCGGUAGCGUGAAAUGUCACCAUAUUCUUUCGUGAUUUCGGAAGAAAUAUUCGCGAAGAAGUUGCGUCGCGGGCCUCACGCCAAGAAACCUCGCGGUUUGCGUCAUUCUGCGGCGGAGCCGUUGUCUGAGAACCACGUUGCCUACGUGACUCGCAGGGCGUCGACGGAGCCUCGUGAUUCGCCGGCGGAUGGUGGCGAGAGAGAGAGAGAGAGAGAGAGAAAGAGAGAAGGAGGGAGAAGGAGAAAGAGAGAGAGAGAAUCCACGCUAUCCGCGGUGGGCGGUGAGACGGGUGGCGGAGUGUUAGUAAGCAGGAGCCGGCCAUCUUGUCGAGCUCAGUCGGAAACCAACUGCCGAGCAGUGAGGGACGGUGAUGUGGAAGAGAGGCCAGAUGUGUUAGACGAGGGGUUUUUAAUGCGCUUCCGAGCCCGAUUGCCGCUACGUGCGAGAGGCUGUGCGAUAGCGACGACGGAGCCACGACGACCAUCGCGGGGCUUUCGCGAGCGAAAAGGCCCGGUACAUCCGGUUAAAAACCUUCAGCUGGGCGGGAGCUGCGGAGGAGCGGAGAGAGGCGGAGGAAGCGGCGGCGGCGGCGGCGGCGGAGGAAGAGGAGGAGGAAGAGGAGGAAGAGGAGGAGGCAGCGGCAGCGAAGAGCAGGUCGCGGAGAAGGUUCUGGCGAGAGGCUGACACCGAGCUUAGCUUCUCAUCAGCGGAAGGGCUUGGCCUGCUCGGUUGCGAGAAAAGGAAGACACACCGGCGAACAAGAUCGACGCCGAGGGCGAGAGACAAAGAGAGAGAGAGAGAGAGACAGAGAGAAAGAGUGAGAGCAGAGGAUGACCGACCGAGAGAAAGUGCGGUGUCAAAGUCUGUGAUAGUAUUUAUUGAAAAAAACAACAACAUCGUUAUCAGUAGCAGCACCUGUGGACGUGUCAUCUUCGUGAAAAAAAGAGGACGAGCAAUUGCGGAGGAGAUAUAUAUAUAUAUAUACAUUAGCGAGAGAGAGAGAGAGAGAGAGAGAGAUAGAGGGAUAGGCUUUAUAUAUUUAUUUACAUCUGUGAUAUCGACGCUGAUAUACAUCAACCUUCUUCGCGAAAAAAAGGAAUCGAAGAGGAGCGAAAGAGAGAGAGGGAGAGAGCGAGAGGCGAGUGACGUGAGAUUGAGAGAGAGAGAGAGAGAGAGUGAGUGAAAGAGAGAGAGAGAGAGAGAGAGAGAGAGAGAGAAAUAUCGCUCCGAAGAAAGAUUAUAUCAGUUUCUUAGUGGAUAGGGUUUUUUGUAUAUACGACUGACUCUUUUUUAUAAUUAUUACUAUCGGUGCGAGGAGCGGAGAACACGCGCUCGAACAAGAUCUCUCGACAGUGGUGAACCAGAAAAUUCUCCGGUCUUUCCCGAACGAUCGUUUCGCAAAGGCGACGAGAGUACGCGAGAGAGGAAACAUGGUGGAGAAGAUUCUGGAGGAACGAGAAGACGGCACUCAAGAGGCCGGACGAGGCGAUGGGACUUGCCGGGAUGUAGCUUCGACAGGAGAAUCUAUGAGCGCGGUGCAGGCUCGUCAGGAGGAGGCGAGACGCAAGAGGCGCAGGAAGAGACGCUCCGGCUCCUCUGUGGUGUCCUCCUGCUUCCAAGAACUGUACAAAUUGACUGGAGAAGUUCUUGGGGAGGGUGCCUACGCCUCGGUCCAGACCUGUACAUCUCUUUACACGGACCUCGAAUAUGCUGUGAAGAUCAUUGACAAGAUCCCCGGACACGCGCGUGCCAGGGUGUUUAAGGAAGUCGAAACGUUUCACCAUUGCCAGGGCCAUCCGAACAUCAUACAGCUAAUCGAGUUCUUUGAGGACGAGGAAAAAUUCUAUCUUGUGUUUGAGAAGAUCAACGGUGGCCAGCUAUUGAACAGGAUUCAGGAACGGAUUCACUUCACUGAGAGGGAGGCGAGCCAGAUUGUCAAAGAGAUUGCGAGUGCGCUUGACUUCCUUCAUAAGAAAGGUAUUGCUCAUAGAGAUCUCAAGCCCGAGAACCUCCUGUGCGUAUAUCCGGACAAGUUGACGCCAAUCAAGGUAUGUGACUUCGAUCUUGGAUCGGGUAUCAAGUUCAACAACUCGCUGUCUAGUCCUGUGGCAACGCCGCAACUUUUGACACCGGUGGGCAGCGCCGAGUUUAUGGCGCCGGAAGUGGUUGAGGCUUUCAUCGGCGAGGCCAAUUAUUACGACAAACGUUGCGAUCUCUGGAGUCUCGGUGUUAUUAUGUACAUUCUGCUCUGCGGUUAUCCGCCCUUCUAUGGAAACUGCGGCACCGAUUGCGGUUGGAGUAGGGGAGAAAAUUGUCAGGCCUGUCAAGAGUUGCUCUUCACCAGUAUUCAGGAGGGCAGAUACGAGUUUCCCGACAAGGAGUGGAGAUGCAUCUCCGAGGAUGCGAAAGAUUUGAUCAGAGGCUUGCUCGUUAAGGAGGCCCACCAGAGGCUCAGCGCCGAUAGUAUUUUGAAACAUCCCUGGAUUAAUCCCGGGCCGACCUCCGUCGAAACUGGUGAUCGAUCACUUACCACGCCUCAUAUCAUAAGGAGGAACAACUCCGCUAGAGAACUCUCAGCAUUCGCUGAAUCCGCAAUGGCUGUGAAUCGCGUGGUACUUCAACAUUUCUCUCUAAAUCUCGAGGAGCUGGCGGAGAACCGGGAGCCCAGACUAUCCACAUCGUCAACCGAUGACGAUAAUCAUCCGUACGGUCACAUGUCCGAUUCCAGCAGCGAAUUAUCUGAGAACAGCAAGCACUUGACGACGCAUUCAUCCAGCGAGUUUGAUGGCACGCGACCAAAAUCCUGCUCUGUACGCUCCAGCGUUGAUUUGAACGAUCCCAAAAUCAUCGGAAAGAAUCGCGUCAUCGGUAAGGACUCGCUGCAGAAUUGGUUUGGGCUAUCACCGCCGACCGAGAGUCGUCUGAUGCAACGCCGUUUGAAGGCACGCUCAGACCUGCUCGAACGUCAAACCGGCAAAGCGGUAAUUGCGUCUCCGAGUGGCUGAGAGGUCGCUGUAGAACCGAUCACUUUUUCUCGCUACAGUAUCACUUGUCUCUUUGUAGCUACGUGAAAACGCAAACGAUGUACAAUACCUUUUCCAAUGGCUUAGGAAGCUAAUGUAGCAUGUAAGUCGAGUCUCUGAUUCUGCGCGGAUAAUGAGAACAGGCUCAAUCAUUUACGAUAGUGACGACAGCGAUAAUAAUCGAAAAGUAUUCGCCGCGAAAAUAA